UAUAUAUACAGCAAACACACACACACACGCGCGCCGAGUGAGAGAGCGUGCGUUAUUUAUAUUUAUUUUAUAUUUUCGUUAAUCAUUUUUCGCAUUUUGUGGAACAAGUUGGAAAAGCGACAAUACAAACUACAACAAAAGCAGCAGCAAGCAGUUUGCACCACUUGGAAGAGGUUCCGCCCUCCCCCAAUUCCAUAUGCAAAAUGUCUAGUCCCGACGAUAGAAUACCAAUACACGAUCUGCCAUCAGAAGCCGGAAGCGAUGAGCGAUUGCUGCACAUAACGCCGGGCACUCUGACAUUGGACUUCAAGCCCCAUCCAGCGGUGGAUAUCGAUCAGCAGAUCAUGGAGCUCAAGAAGAGCCAGGAAUUGCAGAAGCAGCGGCUUUUCCACACGUUUCAGGAGCAAUCGAAGCAAAUGGAAUUGGAGCAUAAACUCCAACUGGAGCACAAGUAUCAAUUUGCGGUGAAUUCACAUGGCGCUUUCCAGGAAUUGCGAACCGAGAGCAUGGUGACAGCCGCCGCCGCAGCAGCAGCGGUGGCUGAGGAGCAGCAUCGCCAGCAGCAGCAGCAGCAACAUCAGCAUCAGCAGCACCAGCAACAUCAGCAGCAGCAACAGCAACAUCAACAGCAGCAGCAACACCAACAGCAGCAACAGCAGCAGCAGGGACGCGGCAGGGACGGCAUGAAACUCAACAAGACCUGUAGCGCCAAUGCCAGUCCCGAGGUCAAACAGAUUCUGAACUGCUUCAUCAUGAGCAGAAAGUCGCAGGCGGCGCAGUCAAAUGGCACGACAACGUCGCCCUACAGGAAUCGCGGCGUGGUGAAGAGCUCCUCGGGCGAAUCCCUCCCAGCUGGAACCGUGACCAGUGCGCAUCCGUACAAAAUACCUCAGCCGCCCUCCUCACUGCUCAAAUAUGAAUCUGAUUUUCCGCUGAGGAAGACAGCAUCCGAACCGAACCUGCUGAAGAUCCGGCUGAAGCAGAGCGUCAUCGAGCGCAAGGCCCGAAUCGGUGGACCGGUGGGAGCCCGGCGCCACGAACGCCUCCUCCAGGCGGCGCAGCGCAGGCAGCAAAAGAACUCCGUUCUCACAAACUGCAACAGUACACCGGACUCGGGACCCAAUUCCCCGCCCUCGGCGGCCGCCCUGUCGGUGGGCGUGGUCGGUAGCCGCGGAUCGCCGACCAGUGCGCCCAUCCAGGAGGAGAACGAGGAGGGCAGCCAGUACCAGCCGGGCCAGCGGAGCAGCAUCAACGAUUUGCCGCUGUUCAGCUCGCCAUCGCUGCCGAAUAUUUCGCUGGGGCGACCGCAUUUACCCAACUCGGCGCAUUCACAACACGCCCAGGUGGCUGCCCAGGCGCAGGCCCAGGUGGCCGCCCAGGCUGCUCAGGCGGCCCAGGCUCAGGCCCAUGCCAUGUUCGCCGCACUGCAUCAGCAUGUGGCCGCCGCCGGUGGCCAACCGGGUGGCUACUACAAUCCGCUGAGCAUGGCGGCCUUUGUGGGCCGUCAGCCGGCACCGAUGUCCAUGAUCCCGGCCACCGGGAUUGCGCCCCAGCAGCCGUCGCCGGUGGUGCGCAGUGCGUCGGCCACCUCGACCUCCUCGUCGCAGGCCUCGCUGGUGGGCGAUGUGGCGCCACCGCAGGCCCAUGCCGCCUCCACCAUUCUGCCCUCGUCCUCGUCCUACAUGCAGCAAAUGGGUUCGGGCGUCAAUAUCCAUGCCAUCUCCGCCGUGGCAGCAGCGGCGGCAGCAGCAGCCGCAGCCGCCGGAUCGCUACCGCCGACCAAUAGCCAUGGUGCACAGCAUGGGCACAGCAAUCAUCAUGGUCUGGCCCAUGGCCACGGGCCGCACGCUCUGUACGGAGGCCAUGGUCACCAGCACAAUGUGCCCAUCACGGAUGCCCAGGUGGCGCAGGUGCAUCUGCACAAGCAGGGCCACCGGCCGCUGGGACGGACGCAGUCGGCUCCCCUGCCCCUGGGCCAUCCGAUGCUCACGGGCGCCGCCCAGCUGAAUGUGGUCCAGACGCACUACGAGAACAGCGAGGCGGAGCGGCAGGCCUACGAGCACCAGGUGCUGAACCAGAAGCUCCGCCAGACCGUCCUCACCCGCAGCGGAGCAGCCGCCGCCGCCGCCGCAGCCGCUGGCGUGGGUGUGAGUGUGGGUGUGGUCCGCGAGGCGCAGCUGAAGGAGGAGGACGACGACUCCGCGGCCGAGGUGAUGGACCUCACCGACAAGAAGAAGCCGCCGAAGACGGUGCUGACCAGCACGAUAGCCACCAGCACGUCGCAGAAUCUGCCCGAAGCCUUGGCCGCGGCGGUGGCAGCGGCCGCCUACCGCGGUGCCCCGCCCUCCACGUCCAGCAGCGCGGCGGCGGCGACGACGGCAGCCAACAAGAUAGCCGGCGGCGGCAUCAAGUUGCGCGAUCAGGAGUAUCUGCAGCAGCAGCGGGAGCAGCUGUUGCUCCUCCAGCAGGAGGAGGAGCUGGCCAAGGGCCUGAUGCGACCGCUUUCGCGAACGCUCAGCAGUCCGCUGGUGCCGCUGGGGCCGCACGGUCUCAGCCAGAUUCCGGACACCGGGCAGCAGCCGGCGCCGAUAGCCACCUCAUCGUCGGCCGAUCAUAUACCGCCCGUGAACCUCUCGCUGCCGCAUCGCCAGCACCGCCAGCUGAUGAGCACCCUGUAUGCCAGCCAGUUGCGCAAUCACCAGCAGCUUCAUCAGCCUCCUUCUAGUGGCUCGCCUCCCCACAAGGUCACCACCGGCCUGGCCUACGAUCCGCUGAUGCUGAAGCACUCGUGCAUUUGCGGCGACAAUGCCCAGCAUCCGGAGCACAGCGGUCGGCUGCAGAGCGUCUGGGCGCGCCUGAAUGAGACCGAUCUGGUGAAGCGCUGCGAUCGACUGCGCGCCCGCAAGGCGACGCAGGAGGAGCUGCAGACGGUGCACACGGAGGCGCAUGCGAUGCUCUUCGGGUCCAAUCAGUGCCAGUUGAGCAGGCCCAAGCUGGAAAACACACUCUCGGCGAGCUUUGUGCGCCUCUCGUGCGGCGGAUUGGGUGUGGAUCUGGAUACCACGUGGAAUGAACACCAUACGGCCACCGCUGCCCGCAUGGCCGCAGGAUGUGUGAUCGAUUUGGCUCUCAAAACGGCCAAGGGGGAUCUGCGGAACGGCUUCGCCGUCGUCCGGCCGCCGGGACAUCAUGCCGAGGCCAAUCUGGCCAUGGGCUUUUGUUUCUUCAACUCGAUCGCCAUUGCGGCCAAGCUGCUGCGCCAGCGGAUGCCCGAGGUGCGGCGCAUCCUCAUCGUCGAUUGGGAUGUGCAUCAUGGCAAUGGCACACAGCAAGCAUUCUACCAAAGUCCCGACAUUCUAUAUCUUUCCAUACAUCGACACGAUGACGGUAACUUCUUUCCCGGCACAGGCGGACCCACAGAGUGCGGCUCCGGUGCCGGUCUCGGCUUCAACGUGAACAUCUCAUGGUCCGGGGCACUCAAUCCGCCGCUGGGCGACGCCGAGUAUAUCGCUGCAUUCCGUACCGUUGUGAUGCCCAUCGCGCGGAGCUUCAAUCCGGACAUUGUGCUGGUCUCCUCGGGCUUUGAUGCGGCCACCGGUCAUCCGGCACCGCUGGGCGGCUACCAUGUCUCGCCCGCGUGCUUCGGCUUCAUGACCCGCGAACUCCUCCAGCUGGCCAACGGCAAGGUGGUGCUGGCCCUCGAGGGCGGCUACGAUCUGGCCGCCAUCUGUGAUUCCGCCCAGGAGUGCGUGCGUGCGCUGCUCGGCGAUCCGGCCGCUCCGAUAGCCCAGGCCGAGCUGGAGCGACCGCCCUGCCAGAAUGCGAUCAAUACGCUGCAGAAGACGAUAGCCAUUCAGCAAACGCAUUGGCCCUGCGUCAGGAUGCUGGAGCACACGGUGGGUCUGUCCGCGCUGGAAACGCUCAAGGUGGAGCACGACGAGUCCGAGACGAUCAAUGCCAUGGCCGGCCUUUCCAUGCACAGAACUCUAUCCCGCGAUGAUUCCGAGGAGCCGAUGGAUCAGGAUGAAACCAAAUAGGCGGCGAUGCUGGCUAGGAUUUGUGGGCGUGGCACGCGGGAAUGGCGAGAGGGCGUGGCCGCAAGCUGCUCAAUGCACAUUUAGUUAUUUGUUGUAGUUGAAUUGAUUGUUGUUGCUGUUGUUGUUGUGGCGCUCGCUUGCAAUUGUUGUCGUUGUCAUUGAUCGUCUAUAGCCACAUCUAUCUCUCUCUCGAUCGAUCGUUAAUAUUAUAAUCCCCUCCAAAACU